CCAAAGGCAUGGCGGGCUGCGAGGACGACGACGACCCGAAGCGAGAGAAGAGUUCGAUAUCCUUCACGAGCUUCAAUUACAUCAACUCGAUCGUCGGCAGCGGUGUUAUAGGAAUGCCCUUGGCCCUACACGAGGCAGGCUUCGGGGUCGGCCUCCUCCUGCUGGUGCUGGUGUCUCUCAUCACGGACGCCUCCCUCUGCCUCAUGAUCUCUGUGUCACGGACCGUACAGGCCAACACGUACCAGGAGCUCGUCAGCAGAGCCUUCGGAAGACCCGGUUUCAUCGUGACGUCUUGCCUGCAGUUCCUCUACCCUUUUAUCUCCCUCAUCAGUUACAACAUCAUUGUAGGCGACACAAUGACUAAAGUGCUCAUUCGAGUCACAGGAAUCGGUGAAGAGUCUGUUCUCGCGAGGCGUGAAUUCAUCAUGGCUGCUUCCACCUUGCUGAUUACCCUUCCUCUUUCACUCUAUAGGAACAUCACUCGCCUGGCAAAGAUUUCCCUGACGUCUGUGGUCAUGAUCGUGGUCAUUGUGGUGGCUAUGCUGGUCAGGAUGAGCACCAUGAGGGAUAUUGUCCCGGCCACCCCCGACGCCUGGCAGUUCGGCGGCACCAACCUCGCCUCGGCCAUCGGGAUCAUGAGCUUCGCCUUCAUGUGCCACCACUCCAGCUUCCUCGUGUACGAAUCCCUGGCCGACAACACGCAGGAGCGCUGGAAUAAGGUGACUCACAUCUCGAUUGCUUCGGCUGCAGUUCUCAGCUUGGUGUUUGCCGUGGCUGGAUACGUGACGUUCACAGGAUUUGCACAAGGUGACGUCUUCGAGAACUACUGCUGGGCCGACGACCUCAUGAACAUCUGCCGCGGUUUCUACGCCGUCACCAUCCUGCUCACGUUCCCGAUCGAGUGCUUCGUGGCCAGGGACGUUCUCGAGACGGCGUUCUUCCAGGACUACCAACCGCAGCCGUUCUUCCGCCACGCCGUUCUCUCGGUCCUCAUCGCCCUGCUGUGCAUGCUGCUCUCGUUCGCGACGGACUGCCUCGGCAUCGUGCUCGAGCUGAACGGGAUCCUGUGCGCUGUGCCCCUGGCCUACAUCCUCCCUGCUCUUUGCUACAUCAAGCUGGAGGAGGGUCCCCUCUGGUCGCGGAACAAGUGGACGGCGUGGGGCGUGGCCAUCUUCGGCGUCUCCAGUGCCAUGGUUGGCACCGUGUCUCUCUUCAGGAACAUCGACGUGCUGUCAGAGUGUUCCCAUGGCACCCAGAUGCCCUACUGCCUUACCGGCGUGAAUGAAACGGAGGUUGAAUUUCAGUUUUAAGCAGCAGAGACUUGGUUAAAAGCUGAGGUGAUUUGUUUUUUCUGCAUUUUCUUUCACUGCACUUUUCUUCUUUCUUUUGACACUUUUUUUCGUCGUCCUAGUUCAUUUGUUUCUUUUUUUCCUCUGCCCUUCUCGUCUCUCCAGCUUACCUGGUAAUUGUGAUUAGUCAUUUUAUGCUAAUAAGUCUCGACGGUAAAAAAACAAUAUAUUAUAGAAAGAUAAAGUAUUGACGUAAAAGAAAAGGAAUCCUAAAACCCAAUGGAACAAUAUUUUAAUCAUGAUGUUUAAAAAGGGACAGUAAGUGCAUGUAGUAUAUAUCAGAUAUAAUUACACUCUUGGAAUGCCUGAAUUUAUAAUUAACAUAUCUCUGUGGCCAUGGGCAACUCCAGGAGAUGAAAGAGGGCUUAUAAGCAUAUACCUGAAUAUUUUUUAACCUUCUAUUUUAAAAGAUUAUGUAAAUCAUUAAAUGCCUCUACAAGUCGUAAAUGCAUAAUGAUAAAAACUGCACCAAACUUGCCCUCUGCUAUCAGAAAUCUCUGCGAGCCCCACAGAUGAGUAAUGUUUUGUGAUGCUUUUGAUCAUAUGUAAGAAAAGUAUUUGUAACCCUAUGAGCCAUGCUAGCGAAAUACAUCUCAUUAUCACAGGCCCAUAUGAAGAUUUUCAUAAUGCGACAACGGUGAAUUACAGCCGUGAAUGUUAUUUGAAUUUGGCGCAUUCCAGAUGUGAUGGUGGUAUACACACGUAUUUGCUAUUUAGCUUUUUUGUGUAAAAUGUUGAGUAAGAAAUAUUUCCUGCACUUAUUCUCGAUGCAGUUGUAAUUAUUCGUGCUAGGGAUAGCACGGUACCUUAUUCUGAACAAAAUCGGGAAAUUUCUAUCAUCGAUAAUGAUAUCAAUUGAAACUUUGUGGUAUUAAAUAUAUUUGUUUGCCGCAAAUACAAAUUCCAUGUCAUAUCUAAGUUGAUUCAGAAGUUCAUGAAUGCGCAACGCUUGUAAGAACGCAUCACAGAUGGAACGGCGCCACUGCACCCGUAGUUUAGUGGGCUUUCACCCGUUCGUAUAGACCGGAUAGAUGCUUUUUUAUGCAGACAGUAUCAUGAGCGACAGAGCUUUGUGAUAAUAUACUUGUCUGGCGUUUGAGGUGAAAAAUAAAAUGUUUGUAAAUUUGUCAGACGAUCAGCAGGACAUCGAGUACUAAAUGAGAGACGAUGAUUCCUGUUUUAAAACCUAAUUUUGUCGGGUUGAUUUUAAGCUCUGAAACUGAAGUGUGACGUAUAACUUUCAAUAAUAGUCGGAAUAUAUAUACCAUAUUCAACUAAUGAUUAUAUAUUAUUAUAAGUAUGUAAUUCCUACUGGGAACAUUUAUUUUUUUAGACUUGUGUUUGUUUGUUAUCAAUGAUAUUUAACUCUGGAUAAUGUGAUUGUGAUCAGUUGUAAUCGUACCAUUAUAGUUUAUAUGAGAUUAAGAUGGACACAAGUAACAUA